UGUAUUGGUGGAGGGAGGGAGGGGGUUGCCCUCGCCUCCCCCACUUCCAAGAUGGCGGCGGUGCUGCAGCAGGUCUUGGAGCGGGCCGAAGUGGCCAAGCUGCCCAAAGCCGUGCAGGGGAAGCUGGAGAGGUUCCUGGCUGAUCAGCAAAGCGAAAUAGAUGGGCUCCGCGCCAGGCAUGAGCGAUACAAGGUGGACAGCGAGCAACAGUACUUUGAAGUAGAAAAACGCCUGGCUCAAAGUCAGGAGAGACUUGUAAAUGAAACACAGGAAUGUCAGAAUCUCCGCCAGGAACUCAGCAAGCUUAAUGACCAAUUAAAAUCAUUGACUGAGAAAAACAAAGAACUGGAAAUUGCUCAGGAGCAGAAUGCAGCUACACAGGGUCAGCUAAACAGAGCAAAAGAAGAAUUGGAAGCAGAGAAGAGAGAUUUGGUCCGAACAAAUGAAAGAAGAGCACAAGAACUGGAGCACUUAAAUGAGGAGGUUAGACGUCUGAAUGAGAAACUUACAGAAAUAAACACCGCGAAGGUAGAGCUACAGUUAAAGCUGGAUGACCUUGAGACGUCAGCCUUUUCUGUAAAGUACCGUGAGCAAAGGUGGGAUCAAGAAAAGGAAUUGCUGCAGGAUCAGAACACUUGGCUGAAUACCGAACUAAAGGCAAAAACAGAUGAACUCCUGACUCUUGCCCGGGAAAAAGGAAAUGAAAUUUUGGAACUUAAAUGUAAUUUAGAGAACAAGAAAGACGAGGUUUCCAGGUUGGAGGAGCAAGUCAGUGGAUUAAAGCAAUCCAAUGAAAAUCUACAGAAACACGUGGAAGACCUUUUAGCUAAGCUGAAGGAGGCAAAGGAGCAGCAAGCUAGCAUGGAAGAGAGAUUCCACAAUGAGCUAAAUGCCCACAUCAAGUUAUCUAAUUUAUAUAAGGGGGCUGCUGAUGACUUGGAGACAAAAAGUAAUGAACUCACUCAAGCUGUAGAUGAGCUGCACAAGCUUCUGAAAGAGGCGGGUGAAGCAAACAAAGCGACACAGGAUCGGCUGGCUGAGGUCGAACAGCUGAAUGCUGCCACAGAAAAAGAGCUGAAGGAAAAGAUUAACAAGUUAGAGAGAGAGCUGGACAAUGCCAAUGAUUUGGUUUCUGCCACCAAGCGUAAAGGGGCCAUCCUUUCAGAGGAGGAGUUGGCAACGAUGUCUCCCACUGCUGCUGCAGUAGCUAAGGUGGUAAAGCCUGGCAUGAAACUGACGGAGCUUUACAAUGCCUAUAUAGAAGCACAAGAUCAGCUGCUGCUGGAGAAGUUAGAGAAUAAGAGGAUUAACAAGUACCUGGAUGAGAUAGUGCAGGAGGUAGAAGCCAAAGCACCCAUUCUGAAGCGUCAGCGCGAAGAAUAUGAACGUUCUCAAAAAGCAGUGGCGAGUCUUGCUGCUAAACUUGAACAAGCUAUGAAGGAAAUUCAACGUUUGCAAGACGAUGCUGAUAAAGCAAACAAACAAGCUUCUUUGCUUGAAAGGGAGAACCAGAGGCUCGACAUCCAGGUCAAAGAUCUUUCACAGCAGAUAAGAGUGCUUUUAAUGGAACUUGAAGAAGCUAGAGGCAAUCACGUCAUCCGUGAUGAAGUGAGUUCUGCCGACAUCACCAGCUCUUCAGAAGUGAUAACCCAACACUUGGUCUCCUAUCGAAACAUCGAGGAACUCCAGCAGCAGAAUCAGCGACUCUUGGUAGCUCUUCGGGAGCUGGGUGAAGCUAAGGAGAAAGAGGAGCAAGAAACAACUUCAUCUAAGAUUUCUGAGCUGCAAAGUCAACUUGGUGAAGCUAUCAAUGAGCUAGAAAAGUUGCGUGAGUCCCGGCAGCACCAGAUGCAGCUUGUGGACUCGAUAGUUCGCCAGCGUGACAUGUAUCGCAUCUUGUUGGCACAGACCACUGGGGUUGCCAUUCCACUGCAAGCACCAGGCUUCUUGCCAGAAGAAGCAUCUUUGACCUCGACUCCCAGGCGCCUGUCAGGUGCACCUCAGGCCAUGUCAACUCCAGCUGUUGUACCGGUGACAGAAUCAACUGAAGCAGUGGAGGCAAAGGCAGCCCUUAAACAGUUGCAGGAAAUUUUUGAGACCUACAAGAAAGAGAAGGCCGAGAAUGACAAACUACUGAAUGAGCAAAACGAGAAGCUCCAAGAACAGGUUACGGACUUGAGGUCACAGAAUACAAAGAUCUCUACGCAACUUGAGUUUGCUUCGAAGCGUUAUGAGAUGCUGCAGGAUAAUGUUGAGGGAUAUCGUCGAGAGAUAACAUCACUGCAUGAGAGGAUCCAGAAGCUUACAGCAACAACUCAGAAACAGGAACAGAUAAUCAAUACCAUGACUCAAGACCUGAGAGGAGCCAAUGAAAAGUUAGCUAUGGCUGAGGUGAGAGCAGAAAAUUUGAAAAAAGAAAAAGACAUCUUGAAAAUGGCUGAGGUUCGUCUGACUCAGCAAAAGGAAACUUUGGCAGCAGAGAAGAGAGGACAAAAUCUGCUGCUCACUAACCUGCAGUCUAUUCAGGUGAUCUUGGAAAGGUCUGACACAGAAAUGAAACAAAGGUUCAAUAACCAACUAGAGAAAGCAGAGCGUGAAAUUGCCCAGCUGAAGAAAAAACUGGAGAACGAGAUGGAGCAAAGGCAUGCGCUGUCUAAAAAUCAAGAUAUCCAUUUGUUGGAUGGCAAAAGACAGCUUGAGACAGAAACGAAUCUUCAUGUUAACACAAAAGAACUGCUGAAGAAUGCCCAAAAAGAGAUUGCGACCUUGAAACAGCAGCUUCACAAUACAGAGGCUCAGCUAGCUUCCCAGUCAUCACAGCGAGCUCCUGGGCAAGGCCAGCCUAGUACAAGUGAGGUCGUGGAUGAUCUUACAAGUCGAUUGAGACAGUCGGAGGAGCAGGUUAAUGAUCUGAGAGAGAGGCUGAAGACAGCCACAAAUAACGUGGAGCAGUACCGAGCAAUGGUGGUGAGCCUCGAGGAAUCACUUAACAAAGAAAAGGAGGUGACGGAGGAAGUUCGUGCAACUGUUGAAGCCCGCCUGAAGGACUCUUCAGAGUAUCAGUCCCAGCUAGAAAAGAAGUUAAUGGAGGCAGAAAAGGAAAAACAAGAGCUUCAGGAUGAGAAGCGGAAAGCUGUCGAGAGCCUGGAGCUACAGCUUUCUGAGCUGAAGAAAACCCUCUCCAGUCUGAAAACAGAAGUUCAAGAAUCGAUUCAGAGAGCAAACACAGCUCUUGCUAAUGAGCAGCAAGCCAAACGAGACUGUCAAGAACAAGCCAAGAUAGCUGCAGAAGCUCAAAACAAGUAUGAGCGGGAGCUGAUGCUUCAUGCUUCUGAUGUUGAAGCCCUACAGGCCGCCAAAGAUCAUGUGGCUAAGAAUUCUGCCGUAAAGCAACAACUGGAGGAAGCAGCCCAAAAAGCAGAAUCUGCAUUGCGAGAGAACAAAGCCUCAUGGGAGGAGCGAGAGAGGAUGUUAAAGGAUGAAACCUCCAAGCUUGCAUCUCGCUGUGAAGACUUAGAGAAACAAAACCGACUGCUGCAUGAGCAGCUAGAAAGCCUGAGUGGCAAGAUGAUGGCGUUAGUGAAGGAAGGGGCACCGAGCGCAUUAAACGUCUCUUUCAGCGAAGAAGGCAAAUCACAGGAACAAAUCGUGGAGAUUCUUAGGUUUAUACGCCGAGAAAAGGAGAUUGCAGAAACUAGGUUUGAGGUAGCCCAAGUGGAAAGUUUACGCUACCGUCAGAGGGUAGAACAUCUGGAGAGGGAGCUUCAGGAACUUCAGGAGAGUCUGAAUGCAGAGAGAGAGAAAGUGCAGGUGACAGCAAGAACAGUGGCUCAGCAUGAAGAACUGAUGAAGAAGACAGAGACCAUGAAUGUUUUGAUAGAGACCAACAAGAUGCUGAGGGAAGAGAAGGAGAGGCUGGAACAGGAACUACAGCAAACACAAGCCAAAGUGCGUAAGCUGGAAGCUGAUAUCUUGCCUUUACAAGAGUCCAACACUGAGCUGAGUGAGAAGAGCGGGAUGCUCCAGGCUGAGAAGAAGCUGUUGGAAGAAGAUGUCAGACGCUGGAAGACUCGAACUCAGCAUUUGCUGGCCCAACAAAAAGAUACCGAUGUCGAAGAGUAUUGGAAGCUUGUUUCAGAGAAGGAAGUGAACAGUAAACGUAUACAGCAAAUGAGUGAAGAAAUAGGCAGGCUGAAAGCAGAAAUCGCUAGGUCAAAUGCAUCGGUGACGACAGGUCAGAAUCAGGCCCAGUCCCUCCGUGAUGAUCUAACAAAGGCAAAAGCUGAAAAGGAUACCCUUCAAAAGGAGUUGGAAGCAAAGUUGGCUGACAUCCAAGAGAAAGUCAAAACCAUCACGCAAGUCAAGAAAAUUGGGCGUAGAUACAAGACCCAGUAUGAAGAGUUGAAAGCUCAGCAUGACAAGAUGGUUGCAGAAGCAUCAGUUCAGUCUCUUGCAGAACAGAAGGAGCAGCAUCCUUCAGACAAGGAAGUUCAAGAGGUGAAAGAGGCUCUCAGUCAAGCAGAGGCGAAGAUAAAAACCAUGGAGGGGCAGAUUGAAAGUCUGCAGAAGACACUUGGAGAAAGGGAGACUGAAGUCAAAAACCUUCAGGACCAGGCAGCCCAGCUGCAGUCAGAGGUCUCCCGGCUUCAUCAAGAUCUGCAGGAGAGAACAACGCAGGAAGAUCAGCUCAGGCAACAGAUUUCAGAGAAGGAGGAGAAAACCAAGAAGACGCUUCUGGCGGCCAAACAGAGAAUUGCACAACUGGCAGGUGCAAAAGAGCAGCUAACCAAAGAAAGCGAUGAAUGGAAACAAAAGAGCGGUGCGCUGGAAGAGCAGAAGACAGAGUUGGAAGUGCGGAUGAAUGCGCUUAAAUCGCAGUACGAGGGUCGGAUUUGCCGCCUAGAGAGGGAGCUCAGAGAACAGCAAGAGAGGCACCAUGAACAGCGAGAUGAUCCUCCAGAAUCUAGCAACAAGGCUUCAGAACAGCAGAGGCAGAUCACCCUUAAAUCAACUCCUGCAGCUGGUGAGCGAGGAAUUGCUAGUACUUCGGAUCCGCCGACAGCCAAUAUCAAACCGACACCUGUUGUGUCCACCCCAAGCAAAGUGACAGCUGCUGCCAUAGCUGGGAAUAAGUCCACCCCGAGAGCCAGUAUCCGUCCCAUGGUUACUCCUGCUACAGUCACCAACCCUACAACUACCCCAACAGCAACCGUCAUGCCAACCACACAGGUGGAGACUCAAGAAGCUAUGCAGUCGGAAGGGCCAGUUGAGCACGUCCCAGUCUUUGGAAGCACCAGUGGGUCUGUGCGUUCCACAAGCCCCAAUGUCCAGACCUCGCUCUCUCAGCCCAUCCUCACAGUUCAGCAGCAGACUCAAGCCACGGCUUUUGUGCAGCCCACUCAGCAGAGCCAUCCUCAGAUAGAACCGGCUGCUCAGGAGCCGGCCCCAACCAUUUUGGAGGUUGUACAGAGCUCGCAGAUGGAAAGACCUUCUACAUCAACAGCAGUGUUUGGCACAGUUUCAGCUACACCAAGUUCUUCUUUACCCAAACGUCAGCGAGAAGAAGAAGAUGAAAGUACAGUUGAAAACUCAGAACAACUUUCGGAGGAAAUGGUUGAUGUGCCUCAUUCCAAGAAACUGAGAACUAUACAAAGAGUUGGACCGGAGGAGGAGGUAACUGCAGACGAGAGUACAGAUGGAGAAAUAGAAACCCAGGUCUACAAUCAAGACUCGCAGGAUUCUAUGGGAGAAGGUGUUACACAGGGGGAGUAUGCUCCCAUGGAAGACAGCGAGGAGACGUCUCACUCACUCCCAGUAGACCUUGGGUCUCUUCAGUCGGACCAGCAGAAUACAUCAUCAUCCCAGGACGGCCAGGGAAAGAGAGAUGAUGUUAUUGUAAUUGACAGUGAUGAUGAAGAGGAUGACGAUGAGGAAAAUGAUGGAGAACCCGAAGAAUAUGAAGACGAGGAAGAGGAUGAUGAGGACGAAGAUGAUGAAGACACAGGGAUGGGAGACGAAGGUGAAGACAGUAAUGAAGGCACUGGGAGCGUUGACGGGAACGAUGGGUAUGAUGCUGAUGAAACAGAGGGUGCUGAUGGAAUGGAUCCCAGUACAGAAACUGAAGAGAGCCUUGCUGGAGGUGAAAGCAGCCAGAGAGCAGCUGACUCUCAGAACUGUGGUGAUGGGAGCGCAGGUGUUGCCGAGUCCACCUUCUCUCAGGAAAGCCCAAGAGAACAGCAGCCAACCUCUGCUUCUGAGAGACAGACACCACGUCCACCUCGACCCCACCCAUUACCACCACGGCUGACCAUUCACGCUAUUCCUGCUCCACCACAGGAGCUGGGGCCACCUGUGCAGAGAAUACAGAUGACUAGGAGGCAGUCAGUGGGACGUGGACUUCAGCUAACACCUGGCAUAGGGGGCAUGCAGCAGCACUUCUUUGAUGAUGAAGACAGGACAGUCCCCAGCACGCCGACGUUAGUGGUGCCACAUCGUACAGAUGGUUUUGCGGAAGCAAUUCAUUCCCCUCAGGUUGCUGGAGUUCCUAGAUUCAGGUUCGGGCCUCCUGAAGAUAUGCCACAGACCAGUUCAAGCCACUCUGAUCUUGGCCAGCUUGCAUCUCAAGGAGGAUUAGGAAUGUACGAGACUCCUCUCUUCCUCGCCCACGAAGAAGAGUCAGGGGGGCGGAGUGUGCCGACAACUCCACUUCAAGUUGCAGCCCCUGUUUCUGUAUUCACUGAGAGCACUGCUGCUGAUGCUUCAGAACAUGCGUCUCAGUCUGUCCCAAUGGUUACGACUUCCACUGGGAACUUAUCUACCACUUCAGAAUCUGGAACCGGCGAUGAUGGCGAUGAGGUUUUUGUGGAGGCAGAAUCAGAAGGAAUUACUUCAGAGGUUGGUCUAGAGAUUGAUAGCCAGCAAGAAGAAGAAUCAUCUCAAACACCUGACGAAUCAGACCUUCCUUCUACCAGUCAAGAUCCUCCUUCAAGUUCAUCUGCAGACACAAGCAGUAAUCAUCCCAAGCCUUUUCGGCGGGUCAGGCUUCAGCCCCCAACACUGAGAACGGGAGUUCGUGGUCGACAGUUUAACAGACAGAGGGGGGUAACUCAUGCAAUGGGAGGAAGAGGAGGUCUAAACAGAGGAAAUAUUAACUGAGUUCUGUCAAAACAAAAACUUGGAGAAAGUGUAUACUGUUCAGUUGGCUUCUAUUCUGUAUUUGUAUAGCAGCCACCAAGCUUAAAGGCAGUUUUUAAACUUGGAUUGGUGUAUGA